AUGGGACUCUAUGAAACCCUCGGAGUCAGCUCGAAUGCAUCACCAGAUGAGAUCAAGAAGGCUUAUCGAAAAGCGGCUUUAAAAUGGCAUCCGGACAAAAAUGUGGAUAAUAAAGAACAUGCAGAGAAGAAAUUCAAAGAAAUUGCCGAAGCAUAUGAAAUCCUCUCCGAUCCAAAAAAACGACAAAUUUACGAUGUGCACGGAAUGGAUGGACUGAAGUCUGGCGGUGGAAGCUCAAGACGGGGUAGUCGCCACGAAAGCUUCCAUUUCACCGAUCCAAACGAGCUUUUCCGACAGUUUUUUGGCAGCAGCUCGAUAUUCGACAUUAUGGACGAAAUGAUGGGCGGUAUGCAUGGAGGACCGAGACGCAACUCUAGCAGAGGAUCUUCAAGACGUGAUCCUUUUGAUCCUUUCGGCGGCAUGAUGGGUGGAGGAAUGAUGGGAGGCUUUUCGAACGACCCUUUCUUUAGUGAUCCCUUUGGUUCGCCUUUUGGUGGGGGUCAUCAAUCAAUGACUAUGUCUUCUUUCGGAGGACCAUUUGGUGGCAUGGGAGGCAUGAACAUGAUGAGCUCCAUGUCAAGUUCCGGCGGCGGCGGUGGAGGAUUCCGAUCCGUCUCGCAGUCGACAACUUACAUAAACGGAAGACAAGUCACCACAAAAACUACUCAAGACGGCAAUCAAACCACUGUUGAAAGAAUCGAGAACGGAAAAGUCGUUUCCAAAAAAGUAAAUGGCGUCGAACAACUCCAAGCAAUCCAAGAUGCGGGCCAUCAUUCUUCUCGUCGUUCCGUUACCCAUCGUCGUGAACAUGCUCCGAUGCGGACACAAUCAGCCCGAGUGGUCAACUCCCCGAAGCCACCAGUGAUCGAAAUGACAGUCCAUCAGACCCCAGUUUCUGCUUCUCCAAGAGCAAAACGCCGAAACACGACGCAAAACAGCACGAAGCCAAAAUUCCCUGAAUUUCAAUUUAUUGUCGGCCCAAAUUCGCCAAGAGCAUCGCCGCGUGUUCAGCGUCGAGAUCGCCCAUCAUCAAUGGAUUACACCAGACCUACUAUCCAGCCUCAUUUUCACCAACAUCGGCAUCAGCAUAAUCGUCCUCACCAACAAAGGCAUCAAAAUCGCCCCCAAACCAGCCGUACUGCUUACCACAUCCCAUCCUUCUCUGAAUUCAAUAUCAAGAUGUAA